GCCGCCGCCACUGUCGCUCGGUCUCUGGAUCGGUCCGUCCUCGUCCUGGUUCUGGUCCUCGCGCUCGCCCAUCAUGGCUCUCAACAUCCCCGGCGUGAGCGUGAUGAUGUUCUUUUACCUGCUGGUGCUCGCCAUCGGCGUGUGGGCCUCCUUCAAGUCCAAGCGGGAGGCCAAGAAGGGCCGCGGAGACCAGACGGAGAUGGCGCUGCUCGGCAACCGCGGCAUCAACCUGGCCGUCGGCAUCUUCACCAUGACGGCCACGUGGGUCGGCGGCGGGUUCAUCGUGGGCACCGCCGAGGCCGUGUACAACCCGUCCAUGGGGCUGAUCUGGGCCGUCAUGCCCGUCACGGCCACCAUGUGCUUCAUCUUCGGCGGCCUGUUCUUCGCCGAGCCGAUGCGCAACAGCAAGUACGUGACCAUGAUGGACCCGUUCCACAUCAAGUACGGCAAAGCGGCCACGGCCGCCCUGUCCGUGGCCGCGCUGGUCUCCGAGAUUAUGUGGGUGACGGGCACGCUGAUAGGAUUAGGCGUGACCAUGAGCGUGAUCCUGGAUCUGUCGUACACGGUGAGCAUCUGGAUCUCGGCCGCCGUGGCCAUCACGUACACGCUGCUGGGCGGACUCUACUCGGUGGCCUACACGGACAUCAUCCAGCUGGUGCUCAUCUUCAUCAGCCUGUGGCUGUGCGUUCCCUUCGCGCUGAUGAGCCCGGCGGUGACGGACAUCACGCAGACGGCGUCCAACUACACCUUCCAGCCCCCCUGGCUCGGCACGCUGGAGGAGAACCGAGUGUGGCGCUGGAUCGAUAACUUCUUGAUCCUGGGUUUGGGCAACCUGGGCCUGCAGAACUUCCACCAGAGGACUUUAUCCGCCGCGUCAUCCACCACGGCCAAGAUCACCUGCUUCGCCGCCGCCUUCAUCGUCCCGACGCUGGGAAUCCCCCCCAUCCUGCUGGGCGCGGCGGCCGCCUCCACGGACUGGAACAUGACAUCUUACGGGUCUCCGUCUCCGUUCGAGCGAGGCCAGACGGGCCUGGUGCUGCCCAUCGUGCUGCAGCACCUCACCCCGCAGUACAUCUCCAUCGUGGGCAUCGGCGCCGUGGCGGCCGCCGUCAUGUCGUCCACCGACUCGGCCCUCCUGUCCGCCGCCUCCAUCUUCACCUCCAACAUCUACAAGAACAUCCUCAGGACGCAGGCGACGGAGCAGGAGCUGCAGUGGGUGAUCCGGGCCUCGGUGGUGGCGGUGGGCCUGGCGGGGACCUCGCUGACCUUCCUGGACAACAGCGUCCUGAUGAUCUGGAUGCUGCGCUCGGACCUGACCUACACGCUCAUGUUGCCGCAGCUGGUGUGCGUCCUCUUCUUCGCCGUGUCCAACGGCUACGGCGCCGUGCUGGGCUGCCUGACCGGAAUGCUCUUCCGGGUCCUGUGCGGCGAGCCCGUGCUGGGCAUCCCGCCCGUCAUCCGCUUCCCGGGCUGCACGCUGGUGGACGGCGUGUACGUGCAGACCUGGCCCAUCCGCACCGUCUGCAUGCUGUCGGCGGCGGCGGCCAUCUUGUGCUUCUCCUUCCUGGCCUCGCUGCUUUUCCACAAGGGCGUCAUCCCCGAGCGCUGGGACGUCUUUCAAGUGCUGACGCGGGACUCGGCCGAGACGCGGGACCCAUCCAAGUACGACAAGGACGACGACGACGACGACGACGACGUGAAGGAACAGAACGAGAGCAACGAAGUGUGCGAGCCCAUGUUGGAAUCAAAUUUUUAGAGCCAAUGACUUUGAUUUCAAUGCGACUGCGUGGAAUCGGGUAGGAACAAAAUGAGUAGUCCAAGUACAGUAAUCCCCCCAAAAACCCACGCCCCGCCCACUUUUCGGCAGUUGAAAAUCAAAGAAUGGAAAAGGGACGGAUUUUGUUUUUUUUUUUAGUUUCGAGGCAAAUCAUCUUUUCCACGUCACAAUUGUGCGAAAAUUGCCGCCGAAAUUUCAUCGAAGCGGACUCGCCCGUUUUUUCGACUCACCGUUCGACGGCAAGCCAAGAUUGCGUCCUGAGAAAAUAUCCGCCGCUACGAUAAGGAAAAGUAAACCAGGAAAUAAAAAUCGCGGACAAAAAUGAGCUUUUUGUGAAAACCAAGCACAGAGACUUUGAAACUCCUGUUUGUUGCUUUUCUGACAUCUCAACCUCUAAAACUUUUGAUAGUAAUAUAAAAAUGUAUUUACACAUCCUCAAGCAGGAAACGCGUCAUUGGCGACGCCGACUCCCCGCAUUGCUCGAGUAGAACUUUUUUUAAUUUCAUUUCUUUCAUUUUUUUUGGCAUGCCGUCCGCCUUUCACCCCGUGAGCUGCGUCGACGUUUCUGGCGUUUUCUACGGGCUACCGAGCGCAUACGCAUGCUCUCUCGCUAUCGAGCAGUGCCGUGAAAAACUGUUUGCUUCGUGUUUGCAAAGUUCCCCGCUCGGUUUAUCCAUCCAUCCAUGAUCUACCGCUUUUCCUGGUCGGGUGGCGGGGGAAGUAGCUUCAGCGGGGAUACCCAGAAUUCCCCUUCCCCAGCCAGUUCUUCCAGUUCUUCCUGAGGGAUCCCGAGGCGUUCCCGAGGUAGUCGAGAGACUACGUCUCUCCAGCUUGUCCUGGGUCGUCCUCGGGGUCUCUUUCCGGUGGGACAUGCCCGGAACGCCUCACCGGGAGGCAUCCGAAUCAGAUUUCCCAGCCACCUCAUCUGGCUCCUCUCAAUGCGGAGGAGCAGCGGCUCGACACCGAGCCCCUCCCUGAUGACCGAGCUUCUCGCCCGUUCUCCAAGGGAGAGCCCGGACACCCUUCGGAGGAAACUUUAAAAUGACCUAAUAUAAUAUCAAACAUGGUAAGAAUCCAGAUCCCGUGCGGACGAAUUGGGAACGUGACGGGCUGACGAAACGCUCUCAUUAUUAAUAUCGUUUAUGUUGCUUGGGCCAUCGCCGCUGAUUCUGAAGGAACUGGGCAGAUUACAUUUCCUUAGCAACACACUGAGGCUCUAAAUCUGAUUGGUUGGACCAAAAACUGGGAACCCAAAAAAGGUUUAAUUUAACCUAACCCUAAAAAAAAAAAAAAGUUUAUAGACUUUUUGAUUUUGAUUUUUUGGGGGAAUUUAGCUCCUCCCUGACAUAUAAAUCGAAGCAUACUUCCUUGACACCAAUUCCCAUUGAGACAGCGCUUCAGUGGCUUCUUGUGGCAUGUGAGGACAUUUCAUUUUUUCUUCCGUCCCGCUUACACUCACUCGGAUCAGAGUAAAAAAAAAAAUAUAUAUAUAUAUAUAUAUAUAUAUAUAUAUAUAUAUAAAACUGGGCAAAUUCAUUUAUGGUGAGCCGCGAAUAUACAGGGGAUUACGUACUGUAGUUUUUCCGUUUUGUUAUUUUUAAUAGGCGUGUACGCUGACCGGCGUACACGGUAGAAAACGACGGCUAUGCUCUCUGUUUUAAGAGCUCAGCAUCCUCUCUGCAAUUUUAUGCAGCACUGACACUUCCGGGCACGGACAGAAGGGGGCGCAAGGGUGGGGGGGGGCACUCUUGCCUAAAACCUGCGCCAGCGCGAAUGUGUUCAGCUGUCAAGUGACUUUGACACCAGCCGAUUGUGAGACUCAUGCCAGUAAAAAACAAAAUGUUGCACAUGUUGGUUUGUUUUUUUUUUUUCUUCUUUUUUUUUAAAGAAAAAAUGUAUUUUAGCUUCUUAGACAAGUAGUUGAUUGUCAACAGCUGAUUGUAUCGUGGUGGCGCGAUAAGAAGGCCUCUCAAGCACGAGCACUUCAAAAAAAAAAAAAAAAAAAAAAUUGCCCCAAAUCUAACUGCCUAUGCAAACAAGUGAGAAGAAUUUGUCAUGAAAGCCUUCGUUCGCCCCCUUUGACUUGACGUGCCAAACGCAAUUUUUAACGUUCAUUUUCUAAAGUUGUCAAGAGUUGGUUCAUUAAAACAAAGUAACGACAAGCAGCAUUAUUCGUGACGUCGUGAGUCUCUUUUUCAAUGUAAGCUUAGAAGCAUUCUGGAUAUACUUUUUUUAAAAAAUCAUCACUUCGAAAGAAGCAUUUUCAAAGGUUGUCUGCGGUUUGCUUGAUUAAAACAGUAACAGCGGCCAUCUUUAUUCUUCGCCCUUCAGCUAAACAACAAAAUAUGCAUUUGAUUUCCUGUGAAAUGCUCAAAACAUAACAUUCUUUUUCCAAGGACGACCAGCAACAAAAGAAAUUCAUAUACAUUUUUUUUCAAAAUCAAUUAUUCAAAACAUCCAAGACUGUCAAGGGUUGUUUAAAAAAAAAAAAAAAAAAAGUGCCUGUGACAGCUCCAUGGCGAAGACUGGUUGGUGCAAAUGUUUGACCUUCAUCCGAACCAAAAAAUAAAACAAU